CCGCACGUGUGGUUGAGUUGCUGCGUUCCCAUUAAAGAUGUUUUAAGAACGCGCUUUCCGCCCUCUUUAUUUUUAUGCUUAUUCACCUCUUUCUCGCGUUCCUCUAGGAUGGUUAACAACGAAGAGCGCAUCCGGCUUAAGCCGUCAAUGGUCCCAAACUGGCCCAAUUUUGACGUCAAGGACUCAUCAUUCUUUCGAAAAUGGGCCAACUACCCUCACCGAAAGAGGUUCAAGCUCAAGCCAAAUCCCAAUAUCUUAUAGGAGUCAAUCCAGACAGCCGGAGAACCUUUCAAACUACUGCUCCUUAUGUCAGGCCGCCACCGGUGUUGUUUGAACAUAUGAAUCUGCUCGUUAAAUGGGGUAGCGCUGUGAAGAUAUCCGAAGCCUUGGUGCUCUUUGCAAUUAAUCGAUACCUCAAGGGUCGCGUUCCCGUUCCUGAGGGGAAGUCCCUGGAGCAAGUAUGGGAUACCAUGGAGCUUGGCGACAGGACCAUAUUCUGCCACCACCUUCGGACAGCCAUUAAUCAUCUACAUCAACUUGAGCAAGACCCGCUAGUCAAAUUCGUGGGUCAGCAUGCCCCCUGGAAUAUUGUACGAGCUCCUCUCUAUGACAGAGCUCUGCAUAUCAAAUACAUGACGGAGGCAGGGCCAUUUGCUACGGUCCAUGAUUUUCAUAACUGGUUCACGUUUCUUCACCGAAGACCAAUGCCUGAUCCAUAUUCGGUACCAGUAGAACCAUUCCGUCACGAACUCCCGGAUAACUGUGAUAUCAAGUUCACCCACGGUGAUCUCCAUCCAAGUAACAUCAUCGUCACCCCUGACCGGCCAUAUCACAUUCUAGCCGUUGUUGACUGGGAACAAUCGGGUUGGUUGCCUGCUUAUUGGGAGGCACGUAAGGCACAGUACACUGCAGAUCGCAGUGAAGAGUGGUCCACGAGAUAUUUGCCAAUGAUUUUAAAUCAAUAUUCCAAGACUUGGGACCCGUGGGAUUACUAUACCACCGCUAUGGGUUGCUAGAUUCCAGUUACGCAUGCAGCCUACAAUGGAAAUAUGAGAAGG